CUCCUUCAACAGGACUCCAUGCCCAGAGUGAAGAAAUGUCCAACAGCAGCUCCAUCAGCCACUUCCUCCUGCUGCCAUUGGCACACACGCGGCAGCUGCAGCUCCUGCACUUCUGCCUCUUCCUGGCCAUCUCCCUGGCUGCCCUCCUGGCCAACGGCCUCAUCAUCAGCGCCGUAGCCUGCGGCCACCUCCUGCACAGCCCCAUGUUCUUCUUCCUGCUCAACCUGGCCCUCAGCGACCUGGGCUCCAUCCUCACCACUGUCCCCAAAGCCAUGCACAAUUCCCUCUGGGACACCAGGAACAUCUCCUAUGAAGGAUGUGUUGCACAGGUGUUUUUCUUUCUGUUCUUUAUAUCAGCAGAGUAUUAUCUCCUGACCGUGAUGUGCUACGACCGCUACGUGUCCAUCUGCAAACCCCUGCACUACGGGACCCUCCUGGGCAGCAGAGCUUGUGCCCACAUGGCAGCAGCUGCCUGGGCCAGUGCCUUUCUCACUGCUCUGCUGCUCACAGCCAAUACAUUUUCCGUGCCCCUGUGCCAUGGUAAUGCCCUGGGCCAGUUCUUCUGUGAAAUCCCACACAUCCUCAAGCUCACCUGCUCCAAAUCCUACCUCAGAGAAUUUGGGAUUACAGUGGUUUCUGCCAGUUUGUCAUGUGGUUGUUUUGUAUUCAUUGUUUUCUCUUAUGUACAGAUCUUCAGGGCUGUGCUGAGGAUCCCCUCUGAGCAGGGACGGCACAAAGCCUUUUCCACCUGCCUCCCUCACCUGGCUGUGGUUUCCCUGUUCAUCAGCACUAUCAUGUUUGCCUACCUGAAGCCCCCCUUCAUCUCCUCCCCAUCCCUGGAUCUGCCACUGUCAGUUCUGUACUCGAUGGUGCCACCAACCCUGAACCCCCUCAUCUACAGCCUGAGGAACCAGGAGCUCAAGGCUGCAGUGAGGACACUGAUCACUGGACAAUUUCAGAAACAUUUAAUGGCUGGCAAAUUUCUGUAA